CAGACCUUUCCUCUGUUUCCGCUUUCUCGUGCUAACGGCGAGCUUCCGUCAAUACUUAGGCUCUUUUCUGGUUCUGGGAGAGCCCGGAGCCAGGGAGGGAGGGUUGUCUGCCAGAACUGGGUCCAAUACCCGGGUGGUCAGGUAGGCGGGACUUCCGCGUAAAAGAGGAAGUGACGCGACAGUCGCGGCCGCCGACAGGUGGAACGGCAGGUGGCUUCAGGUGCCAGCCUGGCCUGGACCCGGCUGUGGGACCGACGCUUCCGGUGAGCGACAGAGGUAGCUCCCAAGGGCCUGGAGAUCCGUGGGGCGAGCUCUGGGGUGUGAGCUCACCGCCCUGGCCUGGAACUCCCCCCUCUACCUAUUCCCCAUUCCCCUGCCGAGCUGGGCAGUCAGCCAGCCCACCUCAACUCUCGGAACCAUGUUUGCAGACUUGGAUUAUGACAUCGAGGAGGAUAAACUUGGAAUCCCUACUGUGCCUGGGAAGGUGACCCUACAGAAGGAUGCUCAGAACCUGAUCGGGAUCAGCAUCGGAGGAGGGGCCCAGUACUGCCCCUGCCUCUAUAUUGUCCAGGUGUUUGACAACACCCCAGCAGCCCUGGACGGCACUGUGGCGGCUGGCGACGAGAUCACCGGUGUCAAUGGCAGGUCAAUCAAAGGCAAAACUAAGGUGGAGGUGGCAAAGAUGAUUCAGGAGGUGAAGGGUGAGGUGACGAUCCACUACAACAAGCUGCAGGCGGACCCCAAGCAGGGCAUGUCCCUUGACAUUGUGUUGAAGAAAGUAAAGCAUCGGCUGGUAGAGAACAUGAGUUCCGGGACUGCAGAUGCCCUGGGCCUGAGCCGGGCCAUCCUGUGCAAUGACGGGCUUGUCAAGAGGCUGGAGGAGCUGGAGCGGACUGCCGAGCUGUAUAAAGGAAUGACGGAACACACCAAGAACCUCCUCCGGGCCUUUUACGAACUGUCACAGACACACCGGGCCUUUGGGGACGUGUUCUCUGUGAUUGGGGUGCGGGAGCCCCAGCCAGCCGCGAGUGAGGCUUUUGUGAAGUUUGCUGACGCCCACCGCAGCAUCGAGAAGUUCGGCAUCCGGCUGCUGAAAACCAUCAAGCCGAUGCUGACAGACCUGAAUACGUACCUCAACAAAGCCAUCCCAGACACUCGCCUCACCAUCAAGAAGUACCUGGAUGUGAAGUUUGAGUACCUGUCCUACUGCCUGAAGGUGAAGGAAAUGGAUGACGAGGAGUACAGCUGCAUCGCCCUGGGGGAGCCCCUGUACCGCGUGAGCACUGGCAACUAUGAGUAUCGCCUGAUCCUGCGCUGUCGCCAGGAGGCCCGUGCCCGCUUCUCCCAGAUGCGCAAGGAUGUGCUGGAGAAGAUGGAGUUGCUGGACCAGAAGCAUGUCCAGGACAUCGUGUUCCAGCUGCAGCGCUUCGUGUCCACCAUGUCCAAGUACUACAACGACUGCUACGCAGUGCUGCGUGAUGCCGAUGUCUUCCCCAUCGAGGUGGACCUGGCCCACACCACGCUGGCCUACGGCCUCAGCCAGGACGAGUUCACCGACGGGGAGGACGAAGAGGAUGAAGAUGACGAGGACACGGCUACUGGGGAGCCGUCCAGGGAUGCACGAGGGGCUGCCGGGCCCCUGGACAAGGGUGGGAGCUGGUGUGACUCCUGAGUGCCCCGUGGGGUGCGGAUCUGGGGGGUAGGGUGAGUGGGAGGACAGAGCAUGGGAGCUGGGGCGGGGCCGCUGCAGAACAGGGUGGCGCAUAAAGGCCUGCUGGCUUGGGGCGCCUGCCUCCCUGCUCCUCUGUCCUAGCACAGCAAGCCUGGGCUUCUGCCCAGGAGAGGCCCUGGGCCCAUGGCCUGGGACCUGGACACUGGCCUGCUCCGCCUUCCCUCCCCACCUUCCCAGCCAGAUGGAGAGCUUGGCCUCUGGAACUGCCUUAGGAAGGAGAGAAGGGGCAUGGAAAGGAGGUGGGGUUAGAGGUGGCAGGACGUCCAGGACCCGUUCCCUGUGGGCACCACCACUGGAGCCUGCUGGAGUGGGGGGCCGGGGGUGGACAGCCGAGGUUGGGUCCAGUGUCUUGUGUACACCCUCACCUCAGCCCAGGCUGGCCCCAGCCCAGCCCACACUCACACCUCGGCGGCCUUUAUUUAUUUUAUUCCCCUAGCUCAGCCACUUCCCUGGGGAAGGGCCGGGCACUGGGCCUGUAUUGAAUAAACACAAACCCAGAUGGA